CUUCUCCACACUCCUCAGCUCACUCGCUGUUUAAAAAAAAGACAGCUUUGCUCUGCUCCGCUCCGCUCUCCUCCUUUCCCCCCACCCCCCUCCCUCAGACCCUCCUCGAGCGCAGCAAUGGCCGCCCCAUCCAUGGCGGAAUCUGGUUUCUAGCCCUGCUGAAUCCUAUCAAGUUCACUUCUUUUUUUCUUCUUGGGGGCGCUCGGCGUGGUACCAGCUUCCUGCGGCGCCGCCGCCGCCGGCUCUGGGCGUGGGGGAGGGAUGGUGACGGAGAUGGCGACGCGGGGGGAGCCCUGGCGGCGGCCGGAGGGGGAGCGGGGGAUGGAGGAGGAGAUGGAGCUCUUCCGCAGCGGCUCCGCCCCGCCCACCGUCGAGGGCUCCGCGGGCGCGCUCCACGGCGCCGACGUCUUCCUCGACGACGACCUCCGGGCCGACCCCGCCUACCACUCCUACUACUACUCCAGCGGCAGCGUCAACCCGCGCCUCCCGCCGCCGCUGCUGUCCCGGGAGGACUGGCGGUCGGCGCAGCGCCUCCGCCCCGUCCCCGGCACCGGCUCCGGUCUCGGCGGGAUCGGCGACGGGAGGAGGCCGACCGGCGGCGCCGGCGCUGGGACGGGGCGGCCCGGAGACGGGCUCAUUGGGAUGCCUGGGCUCGAGAUUGGCAGGCAGAGCAGCUUCUCCGGUCUCUUUCAGGAUGACUCGUAUCAACACGAUACAAACAGGCAGGGUGCCAACCGCAAUAGUACUGACUUGUCAGGUUCUUCUAGAAAUCGUUAUGGUCUUCAUCAUGAGUCUGGAGCUAUUGGUGGCCUACAAUAUGAUAGCAAAGCACCUCACCUGCCAGGCAAUCAAAACAAUGAGUCGACACAUACAUAUGCAUCAGUUAUAGGGUCAUCACUUUCAAGAAGUGCAUCUCCUGACCCUGAGCUCGUGAGGAGAGUUCCUAGUCCUUGCCUUCCCCCGAUUGGUGUGAAACUUGGUGCUACCAAUAACCAGAACAAUGGCGGUUCAUCUUCUUUCAGCCGUAACUCUUCCAGCAUUGGUGGAUCUGAUGAUCUGGUGGCUGCUUUAUCUGGUAUGAACCUGUCGUCAUCAAGACCAGUCAAUGGACAUGCUGACCAAUCCAAGCUCCAUCAGGAUGUGGAUAGUGUCCGUAAAUUUCUCUAUGACCAAUACAUGGACCACAAACAUGGUAAUGGACAACACUCCUACAUGAAACAUUCUGAACAAGGUCAUUCCAAGGGACCUCAAGAAUAUCCUGCAGCUUCUAUGAAUUCUUCUAUUAUGAGGAAUCAGAUCAAUGCUGGUGGAUUCACAUCAUUUGACAACUCAUCCCGGGGAUCUGGCUUUUCUUCCCCAAGGAUUGGUUCCCGGUCGCCCGGUGGGAGUUUAUCUUCCCGACAGAAUUUAGCUAACCUUGCAAACUACAGUGGAAUUGGAAGUCCAACUGCGACAUCUGGUCAUCAGUUGCCCGUUGACCCACUCUAUGCUCAAUUUCUUCGGGCAGCCGAAAUUGCUGCUUUUGCAGCCAACUGCGAGGACCCAUUGAUGGAGAGGGGUAACCUGGGAAGUUCUUACAUGGAUCUAUUUGGUCAUCAGAAUGAUUAUCUUGGUCCAUUGCUUCAGUCACAGAAGCAGUAUGACUACUAUGGGAAUCUCGGGUCUGGUCUUGGUUAUGCUGGGAACUCUUUGACAAGUCCUGUUUUUCCCACUUCGCCAGGUGGACCUGGUAGUCCACUCAGGCAUGUGGAUCGCAGCAUGCGCUUCCAGUCCAGUAUGAGAAACUUUGGUGGUUCCUUUGGCUCCUGGAAUUCAGAUUUUGGUGGUAAGAUGAAUGCCAAUUUGGUUCCAUCACUUCUGGAAGAAUUCAAGAGCAACAAAAGCCGAUCAUAUGAGCUCUGUGAAAUUGCUGGCCAUGUUGUUGAGUUCAGUGCUGAUCAAUACGGGAGUCGGUUCAUACAGCAAAAGCUUGAAACUGCCAGCGUUGAAGAAAAAGACAUGGUUUUCACUGAAAUCAUGCCCCAAGCUCUCACAUUGAUGACUGAUGUCUUUGGAAAUUAUGUUGUUCAGAAGUUUUUUGAGCAUGGGAGCACGGCUCAGAUAAAGGAGUUAGCUGAUCAGUUAAUUGGGCGAGUCUUAGCACUCAGCCUUCAAAUGUACGGCUGCCGAGUUAUACAAAAGGCCAUAGAAGUUGUUGAUUUAGAUCAGCAGACUAAAAUGGUUGCUGAGCUUGAUGGGCAUGUGAUGCGCUGUGUACGUGAUCAAAAUGGUAACCACGUUAUACAGAAAUGCAUUGAAUGCAUCCCACAGAAUAUCAUCGAGUUCAUUGUUUCAACCUUCUAUGGCCAAGUUGUGGUGCUAUCGACUCAUCCAUAUGGAUGUCGGGUCAUACAGAGGGUGCUGGAGCACUGCGAUGAUCCUAAAACUCAACAAAUAAUGAUGGAUGAGGUCCUCCAGUCUGUUUGCUUGCUUGCUACGGACCAGUAUGGUAACUAUGUUGUCCAGCAUGUUAUGGAACACGGUAAACCCCAUGAGCGAUCUGCGAUCAUUGAGAAGUUGAUUGGGCAGAUUGUACAAAUGAGCCAGCAAAAGUUUGCGUCAAACGUCAUUGAGAAGUGUUUAUCCUUUGGGAGUCCUGUAGAGCGCCAAAUCUUGAUUGGUGAAAUGCUUGGAUCCACGGAGGAAAGUGAACAUCUUGAGGUGAUGAUGAAGGACCAGUUUGCAAACUACGUGGUACAGAAGGUGUUAGAGACCUGCGAUGACCAGCAGAGGGAGGCAAUCCUCACAAGGAUCAAAGCUCAUCUUAACACGCUGAAGAAAUACACAUAUGGGAAGCACAUAGUGGCACGUGUGGAGAAGCUUGUCGCAGCGGGAGAAAAGCGACUCGGGCUCCAACCGUCCCGUGUGCUGCCUGAAGACUAAACUAUCUCUAGCUGUACAGCUAACAGUGGCUAGGUUUGCAUGCUGGCGUCUCCGUUUUUCCAUCUACAAGGCGUCAGGGCUAUGCGUGCGCCUUGCCAUCGGAAAUAAAAUGAGUAAUAGGAGCCGAGGAGAAUGUAGAUUCUGUAGCUAGCUGAGUAAAGAUGUGGAGAAUGAGUAAUUACAGGCUUGUUGUUACUCUGCUGUAGAAAUUUAGAACUAGAGAGAGAGGGGAAAGAGAAAGCUGUUAGCUGUAACCUACCUGAGACUGAAAGCCGUUUGCCCUUUUAAUUUUCUGUCCUAUGGCAGAUGUAAUGGUAUGUUGUUGUAACAUAACAUAUACAAAUGGUGAUGGUGGUACUUAAACUGUUUCUCUGCAAAGCUGGAGCUAUUUAUCUAUGCUUUGCUUUAUAUUUUA